GUUUUAUCAUUUCUAAAUACAGAACAGAAUGAAUACGUGUCAUUUAACAUAUAGUCAAAUAAUAUAUUGUUCAAAAAAUUUUAAUCAUAAUAAUUUUUAAUUAUUUUUCAAAUGUUUUCAUUAAAAAUUGUUAAAUUUAGUUUAGUAUUAUUUUAUGUGAUUUUAUGUACAAAAACAAUGAACGUUACAAAGGAAACAUUAGUACAAAUACAAGAGUUAUUAAAGUAUCCUCGGUGGAAAAAUUUAAACGAUGUGAACUCUAUAAAAUAUAUAGAGAAAAUAUAUAACCUUAAAAGUAUAAUUGAAAAACCAACACGUCUGUCAGAAUAUGCGCAAAAGGUACGGAUCUUGACUGUAUAUCUUGGAUGCUCAUAUGCAAAAGUUAUGAAUAAUCUAUUUUUAAUUAUAAUUAAGUGCCUGCAAAUUAGUAACAAUAAAAAUAAAGAAAAAAAUGACUUAUUAAAUGGUUACAUUAAUACCGAAGAACUCAUAAACAUAAUAGCCCUUUUUAUUGUUCCAACUGCAACAUUGAUGAAAGGAGCCCUAGACACAUUAGAUUUAUUACGUAAAUCAUUAUUGACUACUUCAAAAAUAAAAGACUACCAGUCCUACAUAAUGAUACUUAUUUUGGAGAAAAUAGAAGAUAUUAUUAACAAAUUAAAUAAUCCAUUUCUAUCAUGUGAUGUUACAAACUUUUCAACAUUUGAAAUUUUACAUUCAUUUUCUAAUAAUGUAAUAGAUAAUUUAAAAUAUGAAACUGAGUUAUAUUGUGAAUUUGUACCUUAUGAUACGAAUUAUUUAUGGAAUGAAUGGAAUCAAAAAUAUAAAGCUAUUAUUGAUAAAGGCGUAAAAAUAGUAUUUGUUAAAUUUUUAACAAGGAAAAUUAAUGAUUAUAUAAAAACAGUAAUUAUAGAAAAAUAUAUCCAACUGGGAUUUAAUUUUGAUCCAAUUACUGAAGAAACAUUUGUCCCAACAUCAGAGGAGCUAAUUGAGCCAAAUGAUGAUUUGGAAUUUAAAUAACAUGAAGAAUUCAUAGUCUUAUAUAUAUUUUUUUAGAUCAAGAAUUGGAAUUUAAAGCAACAGGUGAAAAAAUUUCAAAGUCAAUAAAAAUAGAUCAUUAUAUGAUUAAAUAAAAUGAAUAUUGUUCUACAUUUAUAUUUUAUAAUCAAUUAGAACAUGUUAAUUGAAAU